AGGAGAUAAAUUAUCACUUAAGAAUGUGCAACUACUCUCAUUGAUCCUUUCACACUCUCUCUGUCUUCUCUUCCUUCUAUCUCCAACUUUUGUGUUGACUGUUCAGCAAUAGCAAUCCUCUUCUAAAGAGUAGUAGCAAGGUGCCAUGGAUGAUACAAAUGAUGAUAAUCGACCUACCAUAGACAAUGAGGCCAGCAAGUUGAUUGCACAAAAGGAAUCUACAAGUCAUGCCAUAGAAAGUGAGGCCGCCAAUAAAUUGAAUGAAUGGAAGGAUUCUACAACCGAUGCCAUAGAAAGUGAGGCCACAAAGUUGAUUGCAGUUAGGGAAUCUACCACCAAGUUGAUUGCACUGAAGGAAUCCACAACUGAUGAAAUAAAGAGUAAGACCACCAACAAGUUGAUUCAAUUGAAGGAAUCUGCAACUGAUGCCAUAGAAAGCGACGAGACCACAAGGUUGAUUCCAUCUAAAGAAUCUUCAAUAAAUGAUACCAUAGAAAACAACGCGGACACGAAGUUGAAUGAAUGGAGAGAAACAACAAAAUCAUUACUGGGUCGUUUCCGCUCACAAUCUGAGCCAUUCAACAUCUCCAAUAUCCCGGCACAGCUCCGGGAAGGGAACAAGAACGCUUACAUGCCGAAGGCCAUCUCGAUCGGGCCGCGAUACAAGGGAACCAGAACGAACCUUGUGCAAUGGGAAAAGAUCAAGUGGCAGUGUAUGCAAUCUCUUCUUCAUCGCGGACCCAAGGGGCCCGAAACAAACCUGAAGGAAUGCAUGGGAGUCGUCAUGGGAUUGGAGAAAGAAGUUCGGGCAAAUUAUGCGGAUGAUCUUAAGCUAGAAUGGAACGACCUUGCUAAUAUCAUGUUGUCCGACGCUUGUUUCCUGCUUGAGCUUCUCAUUUGUGCUUCCAACGAGUUGAAUCAAAAGCUCAAGAGCCGAUUGGAGCCUUCUGGCCCCGGAGGCGAUGUUGGAAAGAAAGAAGAGGUGUUAGUUGAUUUGUUGAAGUUGCAGAACCAGAUGCCGCUUUUCAUUCUCCACAAGUUGUCUGACCAAAUUUUUUAUGAGGUUGUCCCCGUGGAAACUCUUGCGCUUAAUCUAUUUGGCUACUUUCCUGAAACAAGCUUCAAGUGCUUCACCCCGGACAUUCCAUCACAACACUUUCUUGAACUUGUUAAUGCCUACAUUUCCGACGACGGUGAAGAGGGAGCACUAAUAACAGAACAGCGUCAAGAAAGCCAACACAUGUGCAUUCCUAUUAACGUGGUUCGAAACUUCCGAGAAGUAGGGACUCAGUGUUCAAAUUGUUGUGCUCCCAUCUUCGGUCAAGCGGUCACCAGUGUUGAUGAUGAGUUUGCACAGAAUGUAGGCGAGUUUCGACAAAACCAAUAUGUUUCUAAUGCAAUGGAUAUUAGCAACAGCCAAUUUGUUUCUGAUGCAAUGGAAAAUGGCAAAAAUAAUGAUGCUACAUCUCAGACAUACCGAGCAGAACAUAAUCGAUGUGCUCGCAUACUUGAAGCUGCUGGGGUUACAAUCAAAGCUAGAAUUACAAAGAAAGAAGCACAAAACACAGAUAAUCAGGGUCAACCAGUGGUAACAACAAGAGGCUUUGAUUUCGACAUCAGAUUCAUCAAGGGCAACGGAACACUGGAAAUCCCGCAGCUUCACAUCACAAACUCAACAGAAGUGACGUGGCAGAAUCUCAUUGCUUGGGAGCAAGGCCAUACCGGUUUCAGCUGCAAGCACAGGUGCACAUGGGCCGCGUUCUUUUUCAACGGCUUGAUUUGCCGCGAAAGCGAUAUUCAGCUUUUAAAAGACCGGAAAGUCAUAGUGGACCACAUGAACAUGACGAACAAAAAGUUGUUGGAAUAUUUCCGUUCGCUCGUAAUUGGAGUUGACCGAGUCAAAAUCAACGAUUCUCCUUACUGGCAAAUGGUUAGGAUUUUGAACAAGUAUUCAGGAACAAAAUGCCACGUCAUCAAACGGUCCUCCAUACUUCUAUGGCAUUCUUGGCUUCCCGGUGCUGUUCGGCGAAUUGAUCGGUUCUUUUUGCGGAGUUAUAGCUGCUUGAUUGGAAUGAUUUCUGUGUACACUCUUCUCAGCGCAGUUUUUCAAAUCCUUGACUAUUAUAACAGAAAAACCGACAGAUUAGGUCCGGCGGCCUCACCUCGCGCCUUACUCAGGGGAUGACAUCAUCAUAUCGUCAUGGAAUGUAGCCCGUAACUACCAUAUUGCAGUAUAUAGUGGUUAUUUCCCGUAACUACCGUAAGUAGUGGUAAUUCGGUUAGGUUAGUUUCAUUCUAUAACUAAUCAUUAUUGUCGAUCGUGGACACCUUGGAGGAAAAUAAAAAGUUGUGUGUAUGUGUUGGUGUGUGUCUUUGAGUGUGGUUUGCUAUGUACGAUCAAAGAGAAUGUACAAUGGUUGUGCAUUAUUGUAGUUGAUUGAAUAUGAGCUUAUAAUGAUGAUGAAGGAAUGAAUUGUAAGAGGAGAGUUGGGUAGUUGUGUUGAGCACCAUCUUAGGAGUUUGCCUUUUAUGUAUUUGCAAUCAA